GCGAUGCUCACCACCCUCGUCAACGCCCCGCUGGCCAAGCCGCUCCUCGAGUACCUCGACAUGACCAGCGUUUCUCGGAACGAGAACACCGCGAACAUGCAGGCGGAGGACUUCACGAUCGAGGACGUGAGGAAGUACUACCAGGACAUCAAGAGCCGCACGAGCGAGGAGGGCGGUGACGAGCGCUUCGUCGGCCACAACGAGCGGGAGGUGGAGCGCCUGGUCCCGUACGUUCGAUCCUCGACCAGGAACAACACCAGCCAAAGCCAAGAUACGGAUGAACUUCGCGUCUUGAAGGAGGUGGAUUCCGAUUCGGAUGAAUUGACCGAG